UCAAUGGCCGCAAACCGGGAGGAAGGCGGGAAGAGAGGAGGUGGAGGCGGGCCUGGGCAGCCGCGCGCGUGCGUGUUUCCGGCUCCGCUGCGGAAGGCGGACCACUAGAGUCGUUGGGCCCGGCGCGACCCGCAGGAGCGUAGAGAGCGCGGGACUAGAGUGUAGAGCUCGGGACGUGGAUCGGAGCCGACGCGAUGGGCGGAGAGCAGGAGGAGGAGCGGUUCGAUGGCAUGUUGCUGGCCAUGGCUCAGCAGCACGAGGGCGGCGUGCAGGAGCUUGUGAACACCUUCUUCAGCUUCCUUCGACGCAAAACAGACUUUUUCAUUGGAGGAGAAGAAGGGAUGGCAGAGAAACUUAUCACACAGACUUUCAGCCACCACAAUCAGCUGGCACAGAAGACCCGGCGGGAGAAGAGAGCCCGGCAGGAGGCCGAGCGGCGGGAGAAGGUGGAGCGGGCCGCCAGACUGGCCAAGGAAGCCAAGUCAGAGACCUCAGGGCCCCAGAUCAAGGAGCUAACUGAUGAAGAGGCAGAGAGGCUGCAGCUAGAGAUUGACCAGAAAAAGGAUGCAGAGAAUCAUGAGGCCCAGCUCAAGAACGGCAGCCUUGACUCCCCAGGGAAGCAGGAGACUGAGGAAGAUGAGGAGGAGGAAGAUGAGAAGGACAAAGGAAAACUGAAGCCCAACCUAGGCAACGGGGCAGACCUGCCCAAUUACCGCUGGACCCAGACCCUGUCGGAGCUGGACCUGGCGGUCCCUUUCCGUGUGAACUUCCGGCUUAAAGGGAAGGACGUGGUGGUGGAUAUCCAGCGGCGGCACCUCCGGGUGGGGCUCAAGGGGCAGCCAGCGAUCAUCGAUGGGGAGCUCUACAAUGAAGUGAAGGUGGAGGAGAGCUCGUGGCUCAUUGAGGACGGCAAGGUGGUGACUGUGCAUCUGGAGAAGAUCAAUAAGAUGGAGUGGUGGAGCCGCUUGGUGUCCAGUGACCCUGAGAUCAACACCAAGAAGAUUAACCCUGAGAAUUCCAAGCUGUCAGACCUGGACAGUGAGACUCGCAGCAUGGUGGAAAAGAUGAUGUAUGACCAGCGACAGAAGUCCAUGGGGCUGCCAACUUCAGAUGAACAGAAGAAACAGGAGAUUCUGAAGAAGUUCAUGGAUCAACAUCCGGAGAUGGAUUUUUCCAAGGCUAAAUUCAACUAGCCCCUGUUUUUUCCUCCCUGAACUCUUGGGGCUGAGCUGCAACCACCCAACUUUCUUUCCCACUCUUCUCUGGGACUUGUGGGCCUCAGGGCUUGAGGCAGGCAUGGGACUGGCCCAGGCACACAGGUCCCGGGGCAUCAGGAGAAAGGCUGGGGCUUGGGACCUUGUCCUCCCCAGUUGGCCUACUGUUACACAUUAAAACGAUUUGCCCAGCUC